UCAGGUCGAACAUGUUCAGUCGUACUCGUAGUACGUCGACUGUUUCAUUGCAAGACGUUUGUUUCUGUUGACAUAGUGCUUUUAUCAUUAUAUAUCGAUGUGUUUAAAUCUCGCUUCUAAAACUAUCUCUGUUAUCCGGAGUGUAUAUACGAGUUAAAUCAAGUUAGAAAGGGGAAAAGUAUCGCCUUAGCCGAAUUUGUGCCGAUUGGGGAGAUGGUGUUAGGUGCUUUGGGCUUGACUAGAGAGUGGGUGAGUGAAGAAUGAAUAAGAAAGUCAAUAUAUACGACACUACUUCAUUAGUGUUUUUAAUACUGUUAUGGAUAUUGGUUGACUCAGUUGCUACGAGACAUUUAAGUUCCCGUGUGGUGACCACUAAGUAUGGUGCCCUGCGCGGUUCCAUUGCAACCCUUCCUAACCGGCAAUUAAAGCCCGUCGAAAUAUUUUUGGGUGUUCCCUAUGCCACUCCACCAAUGGGUUCUUUACGUUUCAUGCCACCGGUGACACCCGCUCAUUGGAAAGGAGUGAGAAAUGCGGAUCAGUUCGGUCCCGUCUGUCCCCAACGUCUUCCGGAUAUUACCAAUGAGACAGAGGCUCUUCGCAGGAUGCCUUCGGGUCGUCUUCUAUAUCUUCGCCGUCUCCUACCCUAUCUCGUCAAUCAGAGUGAAGAUUGUCUUUACCUCAAUAUCUAUGCUCCGUUACAAGGUAAACGAAACUUUAUUCUUUUACAGAAAAUAUAUUUUCUUCUCCAAGGCUUAUUAGAGCAGAUGUUUUUCUGCUUUGCUACAACAUUUCAGAUAAAUUUUUCUCCCUGCGAAGCCGUUCAAGCUGUUUCUAUAGAAAGGAAUAAGCUGACAACCAUUAAAGAAAAGCAAUGUAGAAUAAAGGGAAUUUUAUCUGUUUCAGGCCUCUUUAAUCGCGCCAUUCUACAGAGUGGAUCAGCAUUGAGUUCUUGGGCCAUAGCAAAUGAUGCCAUUUCAUACACUCAUCACUUAGCCAAUCGGUUAGCUUGUCCAACUAAAAACAAUGUUCUUUUGGUAGAAUGUAUGAGGCAACGACCUCUUUCCGACAUCAUUCGAGCUCAACCUAAGCCCCCUAUUCACGGACCAGUCUUUGGACCAACAGUAGACGGUAUUGUUAUUCCAUCAUCUCCAUCUUUACUCAUGGAUAACUCCACUGAUCUUUACGGACAUUACGAUAUGCUUUUUGGCAUAACCAGGACCGAAUUCUAUCACGAUUUUUCAGCGGAAGAAGAAAAGUCGGGCAUAGAUCGAGAUAGAAGGGAUAGUUUUAUUUUAUCUUUACUUCGUACCCUUUAUUCUUCACGUCUUCAAGAGAUAUUUCUCAUAACAGUGAGUGAAUAUACGGACUGGACAAGACCCACGCAACAUCCAGUCAAUAUGAUGGAAUCAACUGCUGAUAUUUUAGGGGAUGCAUUAUUCGUGGCACCCAUUGUUAGGGCAGGAAUGUUUCAUUCUACAGUCAGAUCUCAGUCUUAUCUCUACGUCUUUACAUACCAGACAGAAAGUGGGGAAUUUUCCCAAAGACUCGGAUGCAUUCACGGAGAAGAACUUCCAUAUGUCUUCGGUGUGCCUUUGGUUGGCACUCUAGCCCAUUUUUCUGGCAAUUAUACUCGUUCUGAAAUCUCUUUAGCCGAAGCGGUUAUGACGUUUUGGACAAAUUUUGUCAAAACUGGAGAUCCAAAUUCUCUACAGAAUGAAGCAGAAAGUUCUCAAGUUCAGAAAGCGAAAGGAAGACUUGAGCGAUCGACUUGGCCUCCUUAUGAGCCACUACAUCAAAAAUAUCUAACAAUUGGUAUGAAACCGAAAGUGAGAGAUCAUUACCACGCUCACAGGCUGUCAUUUUGGAACCACUUAUUUCCUAAAUUGGAUAGAUUAGGUAAAACUGAUUAUCAUCAUCAAACGGGAGAUGACCACGAUGUUUAUGAUGUCAUGUCGAGAAAAUUCUUUCCUGCGACGUCACCAUCGACAGUUUCAAUGACAACUAUUUGGUCUAAAUAUCCCAUGAAUACCGAAAUCAUUUCGGCAACGUCUCAAGAUGACAGAAGUGAUAUUUUAACAAGAGGAUCGGAUUCUUUAACAAAUAAAACAAGCCACGUAGAUUAUGCAGAAUCGGUUGUUGUUUAUUCAGAAAAUUCUAGUUAUUCAACAGCAUUGAGUGUAACAAUAGCUGUGGGAUGUUCGCUCCUAAUCCUCAAUGUCUUAAUAUUUGCCGGUGUUUUUUAUCAAAGAGAUAAGACAAGAAUGGAUACCAAACUUCACACCAUGAAUUACGAGAUGAAAAAGGCUGAUGAGCAUGAUAAAAGAUACCAUGCAUAUCAGAAAACUGGUCAGUCAUUGAGAGUUCCACCUCCUUCACCGGUUGCAGUUCUACCAGGAUGUGAGAUUACUACGUGUACAGGACAGAAUGAGAUUCUGCAGAAAACUGUUCUACAGGAAAAAAUGCCAGAAGCUCAACCUCUGUUAUCUCAAAAAGACAAAGUGCUAUGGCAACCUAAUCAGGAAAUGAGGUAUUCUACUACUUCUGUAAAACAUAUUUUAGAACAUAGAUCAAUAGGUAUGAAACCGAAAGUGAGAGAUCAUUACCACGCUCACAGGCUGUCAUUUUGGAACCACUUAUUUCCUAAAUUGGAUAGAUUAGGUAAAACUGAUUAUCAUCAUCAAACGGGAGAUGACCACGAUGUUUAUGAUGUCAUGUCGAGAAAAUUCUUUCCUGCGACGUCACCAUCGACAGUUUCAAUGACAACUAUUUGGUCUAAAUAUCCCAUGAAUACCGAAAUCAUUUCGGCAACGUCUCAAGAUGACAGAAGUGAUAUUUUAACAAGAGGAUCGGAUUCUUUAACAAAUAAAACAAGCCACGUAGAUUAUGCAGAAUCGGUUGUUGUUUAUUCAGAAAAUUCUAGUUAUUCAACAGCAUUGAGUGUAACAAUAGCUGUGGGAUGUUCGCUCCUAAUCCUCAAUGUCUUAAUAUUUGCCGGUGUUUUUUAUCAAAGAGAUAAGACAAGAAUGGAUACCAAACUUCACACCAUGAAUUACGAGGUGAAUUUUAGUUUAAUUUAAUAUGUAUGUGUAGU